AUGUUUGGGAGAGAGCAACUGGAAAAGCAAGAGAAAGAGGGCGAACACAUAUUGGAGUGUGACAGUGCACGCGAACUCGUUGCCAAUGGCAUUUCUAAGCCAACUCAACACUUUACAGCCAUCUUUAAUUCCUUCGUAUUGAUGACUCUCUUCAAUGAGCUUAACGCUCGCAAAAUUCAUGGUCAACGCAACGUCUUCAGCGGCGUCUUUCGCAAUUGGAUCUUCCUUAUCAUAUGGAUAGCCACUAUGGUGUUGCAGAUAAUUAUUGUUGAAUUUGGGGGUUAUGCCUUCUCCACUCACGGUCUCGACUUGAAUCAGUGGAUGUGGUGCCUCUUCUUCGGCAUUGGUGAACUGGUCUGGGGCCAGCUAGUGAUCUCAGUGCCCGACUCUAUCAUUCCUGAAUGCAAACGUCGCAAAAUGGCAGAAAAGGCGGCGGAGGAGGAGCCAGAAGAGGAGGAAGAGGAUAUUGAGGCUGAACCCUCAGGAACCCCAUCUGAGGAGGAAGAAAGCGCCGUCAAAGGUCAAAUUCUAUGGCUUCGUGGCCUUAACCGUCUUCAAACUCAGCUCAAAGUUGUCAACGCCUUUCGCAUGGGUCUAGACGCGCGGUACGAUAGUGAGCAAAGGAAGAGUCUCACUGCAAUCGCUUUUAAGCAGAGGCAGAGCCAAUCUACUGACUAUGCUGAUGCUGAUGCCAGCAGUGGUGGUGUGAGAUCCUCGGCAUACAACCACGAAAGAGGCGAGGAUUGCGAGGGAGAGGAUGGCCAUUCCCGCUCCAGCAGACGAACGGAACAAGCUGUGAUGCAUUAA